AUGUACGAUUCAGCAUCUAAUAAAUGGACUCACGUUGCUCCAACGUCCACUGAACGUCGUUUACAUACAACUACUCUUCUGUCAUCUGAAAGAAUUUUAGUUAUUCGUGGUUUUGAUGGUAUGAAUUCUUUAUCCAGCUGUGAAAUAUAUGAUCCUACAACUAAUCGAUGGACUACACUUCGAAAUAUGUCUGAACCACGUUCACAACAUACUGCUACUUUAUUAUUAUCAGGAGAAAUAUUAGUUACAGGUGGAUUCAAUAACAGAUUUUCUAUGAAAACUUGUGAAAUUUAUAAUCCUCCAAGUAAUACAUGGGCAACAGUGAAUAGUAUGUCAUAUGCACGUUUUUUUCAUACUGCUACUUUACUACCAUCUGGGAAGGUAUUAGUCGCUGGUGGUAAUGGUCGAGAUAAACUUCUUGAAACUGAAAUCUACGAUCCUAUAUCGGAUAAAUGGUUAUCAAGUGGAAAUAUAUCAUCGAUUCGUUUUCAACAUACAAGUACAUUGUUACCAUCUGGUAAAAUUCUUCUAGUUGGUAGUGUGGGCGAAUGGUUUGGUGAUAUUUUUGAUCCUUCAUCGAAUACUUGGAAUCCAGUUGAUAAGUUCUAUUCAUAUCGUACUCAGCAUACAUCCACAGCAUUACCAUCGGGUGACGUGUUGAUUACAGGUGAAUCAGGUGCAUAG